AUGACAACCGAAGAGAAGGACGUCUUCCACGCCAUUCUCCAUCCCGACGACAUGUACGAUGGAUUCGGUACCUACUGGGCUGACAUGCCUAUUGCGCAGCGCCUCAAGUUCAUCGGCAACGUCGACAACCAGGAAACGAAGAAAGAAAUGUCAUCCAUCUGGACCAUGUUCAAGGGUGAUCCUCUAAAGCCCGUGGGUUACUACCUGAAGAACAUGGUCCUUCCCGGCGCAGGCCUCGGUUUGGAGGGUUAUGUCCUUUUCUCCAUCGGUAACGUCAGGCCACUGCUUCAAGCUACGUUUCCCACUUGCUGGGAUACAAACGAGGUCUGCGACAAGCGCUGGACGGAAGCCGUUGACUACUUGGAGAUUAUUGGUAUCAUUGUUGGUCAAAUUCUCGUUGGUUAUCUGGGUGAUUACCUCGGUCGCCGAUGGGGUCUUAUCCAGGAUGCCACAAUCAUGUUCAUCGGAUUGCUCAUGCUUACUGCGUCGUGGGGUGUCACGCUGGAAGGCUGGGUCAUUUGCUACGCUUUCUCCCUCUUCUUCUACGGCAUUGGUGUUGGUGGAGAGUACCCCAUGACUGCCACUUCUGGUAUGGAGAAUGCUGUCGGUUCCGGCAAGGUCUCCACCAGAGACGAUCGGCUCCACCGUGGCCGCAAAGUCACCAGCGCUUUCCUGAUGCAGGGCUGGGGUCAGUUCUUCAACCAAGUUAUCCUCAUCCUCUUGCUCCUCAUCUUCCACCACGGCAGCGGUAACCCGCCUUACUCCAAGGUCGCCGCCCAAUGGACGUACCGCGUCUCGUUCGCUAUUCCCGCGGUCGGCACCCUAUGGCUCGUCUACUACCGUUACUACAAGAUGCGCUCGGCAAGCAAGCAACUCAUGAUCAGCAAAAAGAAGGGCAACGUUACUGGCUACGACACCAAGUCGCUCAAGAUGACCCUGACGUACUUCGGCCCUCGCCUGAUAGCUACAGCUGGUGCCUGGUUCGCCAAUGAUGUCUUCUUCUACGGCAACAAGCUAUUCCAGAACGAGUUCAUCAAGGUCAUUACGCCCAACAACAGCACCGUCAUGACCGGCUGGCUCUACAACCUCAUUAACGUUGGUGUUUCGCUCUGCGGAUAUUACCUCGCCUCAUUCCUCAUCGACAACAAGCUAUACGGCCGCAAGUGGAUGAUGAUCGUCGGUUUCAUGGCAGAUUUCAUUCUGUUCGUUGUGCCGGCUUUCAACUUUAAGUUCUUCACUUCUGCUGAGCAUGUCCACGCCUUCCAGGCCAUGUACUUUCUUUCUUCCUUCUUCAACCAGUUUGGCCCCAACAGUGUCACCUUCCUCGUCGCUGCUGAGGUCUUCCCGACGCCCAUCCGUGCCACUGCCCACGGCUUCUCCGCUGCUGUAGGCAAGUCCGGUGCUCUUCUCGCUUCCGUUCUCUACAACUACAUCGACACACAAACCAAGUUCUACGUCGUCCCUUGGUUUGGUCUUGCUGGAGCCCUCGUCACUUGGCUCUUCCUGCCCGACACCACCGGCCUCGAUCUCAAGGAGCAGGAACGCCGUUGGUCAUACAUCCGCGCAGGCAAGGAGCAAGAAUACCACGGCAUUGCCAUCCACUGGAAGCAUCUUUCUGUCUGGGAGCGCAUGCGUGGCGUGCACAAGGCCUAUGACGCGCGCCUCGACUACGAGGCGAAGAUCAACGAGAUGCGCGCCGAGUGGGUCGAGCACCAGGAGAACAAGUUUGCGGACGAUCUUAAGGGUCACGAGGACUUUGACGACAACGAUGGCGAGUUCGAAAAGGGCGUGCACGACUAUUUCUCAAGGACUGCUCCGGAUAGCUUGAGGGGGAAGAGGGGUGCGCAAAAUAACAAUGGAGUGUUGGGUGAGAAGAUCGACAGGGAGAGCGAGAGUGGUGGUAGUACCAUUGCGGAUGCGGAUCAUAUUUAUCACGAGAAAAGGUCUUAG